CGAGGUUGAGCAACAAGAUGUUCAAGAGCAAGACACAAACCAAAAGAAGUCUGACCACACUAUUGAUACAUUUGCCAAAAAUGUAGCGGAUUACAGUCUUCUAAAAGAGUUAGGCAUGAUAGAAGAAGCAGAAACAGAAGAACUUGCGGGAUACUUUGAAG